AUGGAUGGUUCUCAAGGUGGUUCAAAUUCAUCACCCCCUUUCCUGACUAAAACAUAUGAAAUGGUAGAUGACCCUUUGACAGAUCAUAUUGUUUCUUGGAGUCAUACUGGGAGUAGUUUUGUUGUUUGGAAUCCACCUGAAUUCGCCAGUGAAUUGCUUCCUAAAUACUUCAAGCACAACAAUUUCUCAAGUUUUGUUCGACAGCUCAAUACAUAUGGUUUUAGAAAGAUAGAUCCUGACCAAUGGGAGUUUGCAAACGAUGAAUUCCUAAGAGGACAAAGACACCUUCUGAAAAAGAUCCACCGCCGGAAACCAAUCCACAGCCACUCAACACCACCACAAGGAAGUACUCCGGCCACCCUGUCUCCUUCAGAGAGACAAGAAUACGAGGAUGAUAUCCAAAAACUAAAACAUGAAACCAAUUCCCUUCGCCUUGUGCUACAAAGACACAAACAAGAAAAUCAAGAAUACGAACAAAAUUUUGCUUCUUUACGCGAAAGAGUACAGAAAAUACAACUAAGACACAAGAAAACAAUGUCAUUCCUUGCUCAAAUCCUUGAAAAACCCGGGUUUUUGGAAUCCAACACCAGAAAAAGACGGCUGCUAAUAACAACUUACUUGCACGAUGAAGCCAAUGCCGACGACAACGGGAAUCCCGAUUCCAUUCCGUUGUUGAACAAGUUGGAAUCGUCUUUGAAGUUUUGGACGGAUUUUGUAACCGACAUUGUUAAAGUUUCCGGUGAAGAAACAUACGAUUUUGGCAUACUUGCACAGCCGGAAAAGCAGGUUUCCGGUGAUUUCAACGAGGUUUCUCGGGUGAAAUCUUCAGGGAUUGACGUGAAUGCCGCCCCUGCUGCCGCCACGGAUGGUGAUGGUGGUGCCGCCACGGUGCCGCCAGUGCAAGCGGGAGCGAAUGAUGUGUUUUGGGAACAGUUUCUUACGGAGACACCUGGCGGUGGGGACACACAGGAAGUCCAGUCAGCAAGGCGGGAUGUAAUUAACAAACAUGAUGAAUUGGGUCAGCGUAAAUCUUUGUGGAAUACGAAUAAUAAUUUAGAUAAAAUUACAGAAAAGAUGGGGAAUCUUAGUCCUUCUGGUAAGCUUGAUGUUCGAUGAUUUUGUUUUUUGUUUUUGACUUUGACUUUCUUGUUGUAUAAUAUCAUGAACUUGGCCCGUUUUAGAUCUUACAUUUCAGGGGAGUGUAUGUGUAUCAGUGUGUAGUUUACAGUUUUCGGUUUGUUUAUAAUAGUGUUUCUGUUAUUUCAUUAUUUGCUUUUUUUUUUUUUAAAC